CUGUAGCCUGUAGCAUGGUUAGUCUAGUGUGUGUGUCUUGUCAAAAUUUUGUUAUCAUUUAUCAAAUUGUCAUAGGUUAGAUGGAUACUGAACUAUGUUUUAUCCUACAUUACAAAAUUUAACUAACGUAGUAUUCUGUUAUGUGUUUUAAGUACAGUUAGUACUGUUAGAGGAUUUAACUUGUUUGAUAGUAAUACUACCAUUACAGUAAAUUGUUUUUAGGUUAGCUUUAGAGACAGAAUUUAAUCGCCGAAGGUUAUGUCGAAAAUUUUUAAUAUUUGUCUUGUGCCCGUUAAUUUAUUACAGUGCAGCAGAUCUGUUAUGCUAUCGAAGAAUGCUUCAAGAGUGGUUAUUUCUUCGAGAAGAUCAGAAAACGGGGCAAUACAAUUCACUAAGGUUGACAAGUGUCAUAUACAAUCAUUUUCUAGUCAUAACAUUGCAUUGAAUCAUAGUAGUAACUUUUUAAAACAGAAAAUUGAUGAAUUGGUUGGAAAGUAUGAAGAAAUUACUGGUAUGGAUGAGGUUAGAAUAGCCCAAAAUAGAGUUAUCGAAGCACAGGACAAGUUUGUACUGGCUCAAGAAAAGAGGAGAGAAUUGGUAAAGCAGCUGACCGAUAUUCAGAAUAAACUCAAAGAGGUGCAUGCAGAGUUGGAUGCUUCAACACGAGGAGAAGAGAGGUACUUGAACCUCAUAACAAAAGAACACCAUUUGCUAAAAGAAGAGAGGAGAUUAAAUACAGAGUUUAAUUUAAGUGAGAGAGAAGAGAGAGAAUGUUUUACAUUUUUAUCAUCUGCUGUCAAAGAAAGCCACGAGAAGGAGCGAGCCCAAGCAGAGAGAACCAAAUAUUGGUCUGUGAUCGGCUCCAUUGUGGGCACAGUCAUUGGGGUUGUCGGUUCCUCAAUAAACAACGAGUUCAAGAUGAGGGAACUACGUAAGCUGGUUGUCCAGACAGUAUCACACACCCAAAGAUCAUCGGAAGUUGAUGAAAUGGCUGCCAAUAUUUUAACGAGGCAUGAAGAACAGCUGUCCCAAAUUGUAAUGGAAAUAAAAAAUAUCAGCAAAGAGAGAGGAAAUUCAUUUUCAAGACUUCUUCACCAUGUUGACCAUUCAAGUGGUGACGAUACACUGGCCCAUGUGCAGGUACUCUUAGAGCAACAGCGACAAGAGACGAGGAUUGCGAUGACUAUUGCCGUAGUUGUUAUACCAAUUGUUGUGUUUUUUGUCAAUAAGAUAUUAUGAGUUUAUAUAUCUGUCAAAUUUUAAGACCAUCUAGUAUUUUAUUAUAGAAUUUGUACAGCUAAAAAAUUGUGAUAAAUACUGCUUUUAUUUAGAUUCGACCCCGUUGUGGUUUAAAGUGUUUAAACCAAUACAGCUGUCCCUCAUACAGAUUUUUGCUGCUUUGAAAUAUUUUUGUGUGUGGCAUUUUGCAUACUAAUUAAGACACUGCUUACCAUCCAAUGCGAUUGUUAAUUCACAGGCACAACUGAUGUUUUUGACUUGACUACACACAAUGGUAAUCUCAGGAACAACCGUACCAAUGAAUUAACAAUUAUGCUUUUAUUUUAGCAAAUCCACUUAAUUUUUGAAGGUUUUGGUAAUGUCCUUGAUUUUGUAUCUCGUUAAUUAUAUAUUCUCUAGAACAUUUGUUACAAUGAAUCACUAACCCCUGAUAAUUGCCUCAGAUUAUUGUGAAUGUGACAAAAUACUUUGCUAAACGCAAUAACUGAUUCAGUUGCUGAAACAACUUUUCAAAUUUAUCUCUACUCCUAAUUCAUAAAUCACUACUGGACUGCAUUUUACUGGGGUUUUUAAGUUUCUCCAAUUAUAUUUCUUUUUAAAAUAAUAUUUUUUUAUUAUAUUUUCAUGCUGUGUAUUGGAGUCUUUGAUUAAA